AAAAAAUAAAGAGUGUUUACUUUAGAUUUAACCGCGAAAUAUGGAUAUUUUAGAGGUUUCCGACAGAUAUUCGCACAUCGGCAACAGCUUCGGCUUAGUUUGUAGGACCAUAGAAAAGCAGUGCGGAGUUCAGCGACAAGGAUUGGUUGAAAAAUUCGAGUUUGAGCAGCUUCUGAAGAUCCUAAAUGCCAAGGAGAAGAUGCUGGCCGCCAAGUUCUUUUGCCAGCUGCCCACAAAUGUCGGAAGCUUCCGGGUGCUCCUUCAGCUCCAGGACCUCGGCUACCUGACGGCCACUGAAUACAUUCUCUGCAAGAAGGACUCGGAUCAACUGCAGGUGGACAUGAUUAUAUUCCUGGAAUCUGAGUUUAAGCUUCUAGAAAAUAUUUUUACAUAUGCGGCUUACAAUGUCGACUCUGGGUUGAGGUUAAAAGAGAUACUUACUGCUGCUUUGGGCAACCUCUACUCCGGCCUUCUCAACAAUCCCAAAAUAAGCAAUUUGGGGUACGUAGAACCUUUACGAAAAGCUCUACCUGAUAAAGCCAUAAGUUUGUGUAUAAAGAUGCAUUUAAGCACCUUGCUGGAGCUUCACCGAGCGGAGAGUAUUACCGAAGCAUUCGCAAAUUUCAGCGCAUGGAUCAAUGAGGGCGUAGACGAACUUACUUUUGUGAAGCAUCUCUGUGAAAAGCUCUUUCUUGAACGUCACGAGGAAGUUCUCCAAUACCUUUUUAAACAGUCAAAGUCGGAGAACUUUAAGCACUGGAGGUUCUACCUAAUUUUAGUGCAGUCCAUCGCCAUCUCUGAAAACCCAGAAACCGUCUUGUUUGUUAAAAAGUAUUUGAAAAAUAGACUUUUGCAAACCGCUUCUACUGGCUGUCUGACAUCCCUGCUCCACUUGCUGCUGACUGCAAGGGCUGCCACGGCAUCAACGAUGGAUAUUGAGAAAAAUCUGGACAAUUAUGCCAAGUGGUACAAGCAGAACAUUGGUGAAAUGACCUACAUCCUAGGAGCGGAAAAGUUUAAAAUCACUCUGGGCCUCUUGGAGGAGUGUUUGCAGUACGAAAGAGAGCUGCAAUAUCUGGAGAUUCAUGCCUUAAUUGCCAUUUCACCAGGGGGUCGACUGGUUCAGGCCUACAAGGCUAAGUGUCGAGCACGUGUAUCUCAGCUAAAGUCAGCAGUCAAGCGAAAAGCCUCCGGAGUCUAAACGCUAGGUAGGAUAACGUAUCAAUUGGAACCUUAACAAAGCCCGCUUCACAAACUGAAUACAGAGGCAUACAAAUAUUA